AUGGUCUCCAAGAAGAAGUACAUUUAUACCAUUGACGAUGACUGCUUUUUAAGCCCCAAACUCACAUCUUUAUCUCUCUUUUUCCUUCGAUUUUGUGAGCUUUUGGAGAUAUGGCUUUCAGUCGGUUCUUGGAAUUGGAGAUUGGGUAAAUCAAAAUACCUUGUUCUAUCUGCUUUUGAUAUCAGUUUUGGUUGUCUGAAGCUGAUCUUAGAACUUAGAUUUUAUCUGAUUUAUCGUAGCAUUCCCUGUGUUUGUAAGCGAUUGGGUCCUUCUUGUGCAAGUCUGCUUGGUUUACAGGUUAUAUGCGACCACCUCGGAUUGGGAGUGAAGACAGGACUGCCUUACAUUUGGCACAGCAAAGCCAGCAACCCCUUCGUGAAUCUCAAGAAAGAAUACAAAGGAAUUUACUGGCAAGAAGAGUUGAUCCCGUUCUGCCAGUCCGUUACCCUUCCUAAGGACUGCACCACGGUUCAGCAAUGCUACAUCGAAAUCUCCAAGCAGGUAAAGGCAAAACUAAGCAAGGUCGACGACUACUUCAACACGCUUGCCGGUGGUAUGGUGACAUGGAUCGAAGCGUGGGAUGAGCUGAACGCAUCUGAUGCAAAAUCCGCCGAGUCGUCCAACGGUGCUUCGAAGUAGACUUCUUCCAUAGGUAGCUAACAU